AUGGGCAUCAAAGAGAAGAUAGCCGAAAUCCAGCUUGAGAUGGCUCGAACGCAGAAGAACAAAGCGACAGAGGGCCAUCUCGGAAUGCUGAAAGCAAAGCUCGCCAAGCUCAGGACGCAGCUUCUCAAUCCUGAAGAUGGUGCGGGAGGGGGGGGUGGGGACGACAAGGGGUUCGAGGUUGUCAAGUACGGAGAUGCGAGGAUCGCCCUCAUCGGCUUCCCAUCUGUCGGCAAGUCGACAGCCUUGUCGCUGCUCACAGGAACGGAGUCGGAAGCUGCCGCCUACGAGUUCACGACCCUCACCUGCAUCCCGGGCAUCAUCAAUUACAAAGGGACGAAGAUCCAGCUGCUCGAUCUUCCUGGUAUCAUCGAAGGAGCUGCUCAGGGGAAGGGAAGAGGAAGGCAAGUCAUCGCCGUUGCCAAGUCAGCAGACCUGAUCCUCAUGAUGCUGGACGCCACGAAGCCAGACGCCCAUAAGGCGAUCUUGGAAGCAGAGCUCGAGUCAACUGGAAUUCGUCUGAACAAGAACCCUGCUGAUAUUUACUUCAAGAAGAAGAAGACGGGAGGCAUCAAGUUCAACACGAUGGUCCCCUUGACGAAGAUGGGUGAGAAUCCUUCGGACGUGGUCUACCGCGUUUUGCAUGAAUACAAGAUCCACAACUGCGAGGUUGUGUUCAGGGAGGAUGCUUCCAUCGACGAUUUCAUUGAUCUGGUGGAAGGGAACAGGAGAUUUAUCAAGUGCCUGUAUUGCUACAACAAAAUCGAUGCCAUCACCAUGGAGGAGGUGGACGUGCUCGCAAAGCAACCGCACAGCAUCGUUGUGUCCUGCCACCAGAACUUGAACGUCGAUCGGCUCCUUGCAAAGAUGUGGGAGAUGUUAGCGCUCGUCCGAGUAUACACUAGAAGGAGAGGAGAGCCUCCUGACUUGAAUGAGCCGUCCGUGUUGACUCACGGACGAGGCGGCGUCACUAUCAAGACCCUCUGCUCGCAUCUUCACAGAGAUAUGCUCAAGGAGUUCAAGUAUGCUCUGGUGUGGGGACAAAGCUGCAAGCACACUCCUCAGCGUGUUGGCAAGGACCAUGAGUUGAUGGACGAAGAUGUUGUGCAGGUUGGAUGA